AUGGCAGAUAACUCCGAGCCUUCAUCAGAUGUAUUAUCAUCUUCGAAUGAAUCUGUAGUUCAAUACCAUGGAUUUUGGAGCCACAAGUGUUUCUUGCAAGGAACAGAAGAAAUGAGGAGCGAGUUUGAAGCACGCUCAGAUGACAUAAUAUUGGCUUCGUCUUUCAAGACAGGUACUACCUGGAUUAAAGCUCUAGUCUACGCCAUUCUUACCUGCAAAGACUUCGACCUUGAAGAUCCUGCUUAUCCUCUCAAUCAAACAAGCCCUCAUGAACUUGUUCCCAACUUAGAAAUACAGCUUUAUGGCCCCUUUGCCAAUUUAACCCCCGAGUCUGUAUCUCUGUUUCCCCGUGUAUUUCAUACCCAUGUUCCAUAUCAAGCAUUGCCCGACUCUAUUAAAUCCUCAGGCUGCAAAAUUAUUUAUGUCGCCCGCAAUCCCAAGGACACUUUUGUUUCAUUGUGGGAAAUGGUGGUCAAUAAAUUAGACAACAAGAACGCCUAUGUGUCCAAAGAUGAAGCGCUAGAGGGUUUUUGCAGGGGGUUUUACCACAGCGGCCCCUUUGCUGAUCAUGUAACUUCUUAUUGGCGUGAGAGAAAGAAGAGAAAUAUUUUGUGCCUUACUUAUGAAGAUCUUAAGGCAGAUCCUGUUGCUUGUAUUAGGGUUUUGAGUGAUUUUAUUGGGUCUUCCUGGGUUAAGGAGGAGGAUAUGAAGAACAUUGCUCGAAAGUGCAGUUUUGAGUCGCUUUCUCAAAUUGAGGCCAACAAAAAUGGAGAGCUCAAUCUGCGUGGAAUUCAUCUAAGAACUGACAGUUUCUUCAGGGAAGGAAAAGUGGGUGGAUGGAAGAAGUCUCUAACAGCUGAGAUGAAUGCAAUGAUGGAUAAGAUGAUUGAAGAGAAGCUUUCGGUUGUGGCAGACUUAGGCCUGCAAUUCAAAUACGAGUUAGCAGAUGGAGAUGGUGAAUUGGAUGAACAAUCUAAGAAGACAGAAGAGAUCAAACUGUUGGGACGUUGUUCCUUAUUUGGGGAUUUGGGUGCCUAG